CACAAAGUCCCGAAUCUGUUCUCUGUACCCACUUCGCUCUCCCGGUGAGGAAGUCGCCGGCGGCGCCGCCGUCCACCGUCUCAGCUCGCCGGACUCCCGACAGCACAUGGCGGACCGCUACCGCGGCUACGCUGCUCCCUACGCCCACGACAGAGCAGAUCCACGAGGUGGUUAUCCCGAGUAUUUUCCAUCUGAUGGCUCAAUAGCAUCUUAUUAUGCUUCAAGACCUUCUGUUCUACCGGGUGGACCAGAUGUUCUUAGAAACGAUGUAGUGUUGCAACCAAGGGCUUAUGCUUUGGAUGGUCCAGGAGGAGUGAUUAAUCCUACUUUGCCUGGCAUGAAUGGACUACCUGCUGCAGCGAGGGCACAUGGACCUAGUCCUUUGGAAGACCCGUCUUUUGCUGGGAUGAGUGGACUAGUUCCAGCCAGGGCACUGGGACCUAGUCUUUUGGAAGAACCGGCUGUUGUGGGGAGAAGCUCGUCUCUAGGCAAAGGUGCUGGUAUUCCAAAUGUUGAGCACCACAGCCCACUUCCAAACCUUGAUGGGCCCUCAGAAGAUGAAUCCAACAUUCUUUUUGUUGAUGGUCUCCCUACUGAUUGCACGAGGAGAGAAGUAGCCCAUUUGUUUCGGCUCUUCGAUGGCUUCAAGGACAUCAGAGUAGUGCACAAGGAGCCCAGGCAUAGCGGUGACAAGGCUUAUGUCCUGUGCUUUGUGGAGUUUGAUGAUGCAAAAAGAGCACGGACUGCUAUGGAAAAACUCCGAGCAUACCGCUUUGACGACCGGAAGCCCGACUCCCCGCUUCUUGAGAUCCAAUUCGCAAGGUUCCCUUUCCGUCUGCCUGCCGCCCACGACGAUAGGGAACGCCUCAUCGGGCGCUGACCACUGCCUCCUGCCACCCUCUAGCUACCAGUGUCGUCUGUGCAGCCGGAAUCUUCAGAUGAUCCGUGAUCAGCCUGUAUGUACGAGUAAUGAGCGGUUUAACUGAAGAUGCCCAUUAGAAAGUCUUGCGUGACACCAACACGGAAUGGUGUGAUACUGUGAUGUGCCUCUCUUUGGCCCAGUUCACCCCUUUUUCCGCAUCAAUCACGCAGUUUUCGUCACCAUCAACUAUGUUAGGAUAAUGAGCAUAUAUUAACUGGUGGUGAGCAAUUCUGUGGACAAUUGGGACAUGACGGCAGGUAAAUGCCGAAGACUUCAAAUGUAUCCUGCCUUUUGUGAAGACUGAAGAAGAAUGGCACCUCGUCGCCUCGAGUCA